UUCACGUCUAUAUUUCGAAAGGACGUGUGCUUUUUUAACUAAAUAUCCUGAAUGUUUUGUGAAAAUGGCAGAUUCAGAGGUUUUAAAGAAAUUAAAGGAUAUACCAUUUAGGAUCCAGACCGCAAGUUUAAAAGAAAGACGUAAAGUAAUAGAAGAAAUAGAGGAAGUGUUAUCUACACCGGGUAUCACCGAGCCUGCAGUCCGUUUUGUGUCCAGAGUAGUGUUGCUAACACUUCAGCGAUAUAGAGAUUCCACAUCCCAGUCAUAUGUUAAAAAACUAUUAGUGUAUCUUAGUGUUAACCACAAAGACUGGGCUCUAAAGUCAAUCUUACCACUUCUACUAGAAAUAUCAGAACAGCUAAAGAAUACAGCUACUUCGAAAAACAUCUGUCAGAGUGGUUUAUACACUCUGCGCUGGACAACUGUACUAGUCAAUGGACCACUAAAGACACCUGAUGAUGGCGUCGACUACAACACCCUUGUGCUCACACAAGCCAACCUUGUGGCAGUGGUCGCUGCAUACGGGGACAAGAGAAAGAAUGACAAAGCAAAUUCAAUAUUGCACAACUCAUGGAAGGAGAUGGAGAAGGGAAAGCUCACAAAUUGGUUAAAUGUGCUGCUCUCUCAGGCAUCAGAUUCUGGACCUCAAGUCUGUGUAACCUUCUCAGUACUGUGUCGCCAUGCCAAGAGUAUCGGAGAUGAAAGCUUCGUCAAAGAACAUAAGGCUAAGAUGUUGGAGAGUCUUAUCAAAAGUCUGAUAACUGUAAAGACUAGACCAAACGCAAAUUACAUUAAGGCAUGUGCAGAUCUUCUUACAAUGCUAGACAAAUCAGACGUACAGGACACACUUUUACCAGCCCUACAGAAGGCUAUGCUACGUAGCCCGGAGACAAUAGUUGAGGCUGUGGGAGAAGUCUUUGAGCAUCUUAACUGCAGUGUGGACGGUUUAGCUGUUGACAUAGGCAAGAGCUUAAUAAGCUGUCUGCACUCCCGUGACGAGUGGGUGCGCGAGGAGGCGGGGCGUGCGCUGUCGCGCGUCGCGCGGCGCUGCGGGGCGGAGCCGGGCAAGGCGCUGCUGACGCACGUGUUUGCCGUGUAUAAUGGCGCCAGCGGGAAACUCACCUCUAGCGAGGACAAGAUCGCUGUACUCAAAGGCGUGGGUUGCAUGAGCGCGUGCGCGGACGCAAGUGCACUAUGGAGCGUGGCCGCGGCGCAGACGGCGCGCGUGCUCGACAGCGAGUCGCACGAGCGUACGCUCUGUGCCGCACUGCAGGCGCUGCAGCGCUGGGUGACGAUGCUGCGUCAGCCGCUGCUGACGGAGCUGCUUGAUAUGUAUAAGAAGACAGUAACAUCCAAGAACAUGGCGGUCCCGGUGCGCGUGGCGUACACGUCGCUAAUGUCGCACGCGCUGCGGUACGGCGCCCCGCCGACCGCCGCCGCUGCGCUGUCGCCGUCGCUGCUCGCUGCUGUUGACCGCGCCGCUCAGCAGUCGCACCAGCCGGCGGGUGAAGGCGUGUGCGCACUGGCGGCGUUGGCUGCGUUGGGCGGGGCGGAGGCGGCCGCGCGCGCCCCGCCUCUACUACAGGACCGCUCGCUCGCCGCAGCCACUGAUGACGUCCUAAUACAGGUGGUGUUGCUAUGCAGAACACUAUUGGAAAAUAACGAGAGUGUUGCCAGCGACAGAGGCUCGCAGGUUUACAAGGCGUUCAUACUCACUCUACUCUCCCCGGUCAAGUCAGUCCGGAGUGUGGCAUUGGACGAGGUCAAAGCGUUACUAGCUGAGCAAAACAGAGCCCAAAUAGCAAGGAAUUUAGUGAUAAAAUUGAAUGAGGUACUCGAGGAAGGCAAGAUAUUCGUGAUGAAAGAGAAGACGCCACCGGAAGACAAACCUGAUGUGACGGGGAAGAUGAUCCUAGACUGUGUUCAAGCUCUCUGCUCGUACAGAGAAUAUCCCACCAAAGACGCUGAGAGUCUAGCCCUAGACGCGCUGCUGAGUAGCCACCACCCCCUAGUAUCGGCCAUCAGUAGAGACGCCUGGGUCAAGAUAGUGAACUACCUCAAACUGGAACCGCGGAAGUUGGUAGCUGUGUACGCCAACAAUCUCAAGAAUACCUACAUCAGUGGUUUCAUACCUGGGAAUGAGAGCUACUGGCUAGUGGUGCGCACGCUGAGCGCGCUGGGCGGGGCGGGCGGUGCGGGCGCGGCGGCGGCGGCGGUGGCGCUGGCGGCGCUGCGGGCUCCCGACCUGCUCGCCGUCGGCCGCGACGACUACUUCGUGUUCCUCACGCCGCCUAACGUGCUGUACGACAAGAGUGUUGUGCCAGGUAAUGAAGAUAGCAAAGAGAUGAAUCUUAAACGUGAGAGCAAAGCGUACAGCUACAAAGAACAGUUGGAAGAGUUGCAACUGCGACGCGAACUGGAGGAGAAAAGAAAGAAAGAGGGCAAAGUUAAAGAGGUUCAACUAUCUGCCAAACAGAAGGAGGCGAUGAAACUACAGCUGGCGAAGGAGAGCGCCAUACGAGAGAGAUUGACUGUUCUAAAUGAGUCAGUCGAGCGUGCUGUACGUCUACUGGACGCAGUGGCGGCGGGCUCACCUUCGGCGCUGGGUGCAUGCGCGCGUUACGCCGUACCCGCAGCGCUAGACGCACUGAGGUCGCCGCUCGCCGCUCCGCACGUAGCGCCGCUGUACGUGCGACUCGCCGCGCCGCUGUUGCCGCUGCAUCGCUCUCUUCGUGAUCACGUGGCUCGUACUACACUCAGGCUAUAUAAGCCGGCGUGCGACCUGGACGCGGAGUGGGAGGGGGAGGAGUUGGGCGCGGCGACGGCGCGUACGAUCGCCCUGCUGCACUCCGCCGCCGCAGAUACGCCCCUCACCGCGCCCGGAUUCUGCUACGUCUUCCCGCUGCUUAGGAAAGGUCUAUCCGGCGGUGUAGUGAAGUGUCCGGAAGCGACGGUGCUGCAGGCGCUGGGUGUGGUGUCGCAGCACGCGGCGCUCCGCCCCCCGGCGCAGGCCACGCCCACACGCGCCACAGACCUACCCGACCCCCUGCACCCGCCGCUCUUCCCGAUAGACCACAUGUUCCGCCUGCUUAUACAUCUUAUAGAGAGCAGCGGCGGGCGCGUGGCGGCGGCGUGUACGGCGGCGCUGCUGGAGACGGCCGAGUGCGCCGCGCGCGCUCCGCUCGCCGCGCCCGACGUCACCUGCCUGCUCGAUGCACUGCAGAGCCCCGCCGAGGUGGUACGCGACGCGGCGCUGCGCGCGCUGCUGCUGCUAGUGGAGCGACUGCCGCCGUUCUUCGACGACGAGGAGUUCGCGCUAGACCUCACCAUGCGGCUAUACAUCGCGACGUUCGACGUCUCUGAGGAUAACAGAAAGCUAGCCGAAUCCCUAUGGGCGGGUAUACCAGAGGCAGAGGCGGUGGUUUGUCGUGCGGGCGCGACGCUGCGGACGCUGCUGCUGCGGCAAGUGCAGCACCCGGCGGAGCCGCUGCAGCGGGCCUCUGCCGCCGCGCUCGCCGCUCUCGCCGCCCGCGCGCCGUCACCGGCCGAUGCUGUUGACGCGCUGCUGCUGCAGUUACACGAUAUAUAUGAGGAGAAGCUGCCGCUGAUUCCAGCCAAGCUGGACCAGUUCGGUCACGAGUGCGAGGCGGCGGUGGACGCGUGGAGCGAGCGGCGCGGCGUCGCGCUGGCGCUGCGGGCGCUCGCCCCGGCGACGAGGGCGGACGCCGUGCCUGAGGCUAUGACGUUCUUUGUUAAACGCGGAUUGGCUGAUCGCAGUGAGGCGGUGCGGGCUGACAUGCUGAGCGCGGCGAUGGCGCUGGUGGAGUUACACGGCGCGAGCACGCUGAGCUCGCAGCUGCCGGUGUUCGAGCAGUUCCUGGACACGGCGCCCAAGUCGGGCGGCUUCGACGCCGUGCGGCAGAGCGUCGUGCUGCUGGUGGGCAGCCUGGCGCGCCACCUGCCGCCCGGCGACGCGCGCGUGCGUCCCAUCGCGCUGCGCCUCGUCGCCGCGCUCUCCACGCCCAGCCAGCAGGUGCAAGAGGCGGUGAGCAACUGCCUGCCGCACCUGGUGACGUCGCCGGCGCUGGAGGACGAGGUGCCCGCCAUCGUCAACAAGCUGAUGAAGCAGCUCCUCACCGCCGAGAAGUACGGCGAUAGGAAGGGUGCGGCGUACGGUAUCGCCGGUAUUGUGAAAGGCCUGGGUAUCCUGUCGCUGAAGCAGCUGGACGUCAUGGGCAAGUUGACCGAAGCCAUACAGGAAAAGAAGAACUACAAGUACAGAGAAGGCGCGCUAUUCGGUUUCGAGAUGCUCUGCCACAAGCUGGGUCGACUGUUCGAGCCGUACGUCGUGCACGUGCUGCCGCACCUGCUGCUGUGCUUCGGCGACGGGUCCCAGUACGUGCGCGCCGCCGCCGACGACACCGCCAAGCUCAUCAUGAGCAAGCUGAGCGCGCACGGCGUCAAGCUGGUGCUGCCGGCGCUGCUAAAUGCGCUGCAGGACGAUAACUGGCGGACUAAGGCUGGUUCAAUCGAGCUCCUCGGCGCGAUGGCGUACUGCGCGCCCAAACAGCUGUCGUCCUGUCUGCCGUCUAUCGUGCCCAAACUGAUCGAGGUGCUGAGCGACUCCCACAUGCGCGUGCAGGAGGCCGCGGCGGAGGCGCUCAAGGUCAUCGGCUCUGUUAUCCGGAACCCGGAGAUUCAAGCAAUCGUGCCGGUCCUACUCCAAGCUCUCCAAGACCCAUCCAAUAAGACGUCGGCCUGUCUCCAAACCCUCCUCGAUACGAAAUUCGUGCAUUUCAUCGACGCACCAUCUCUUGCGCUAAUCAUGCCGGUGGUGCAGCGCGCGUUCCUCGACCGCAGUACCGACACACGCAAGAUGGCGGCUCAGAUCAUUGGUAAUAUGUACUCGCUGACCGACCAGAAGGACCUCACGCCUUAUCUGCCCAGCAUCAUACCGGGACUGAAGAGUUCGUUGUUGGAUCCUGUGCCGGAGGUGCGUUCAGUGUCCGCGCGUGCUCUCGGCGCGAUGGUGAAGGGUAUGGGCGAGAGCAGCUUUGAGGAGCUCCUGCCCUGGCUGAUGCACACUCUGACCUCGGAGAGCAGCAGCGUCGACCGCAGCGGCGCCGCGCAGGGCCUGUCCGAGGUUGUCGCUGGACUCGGCGUGCAGAAGCUGCAUAAGAUCAUGCCAGACAUAAUCGCGACUGCGGAGCGCACGGACAUCGCGCCGCACGUAAAGGACGGCUACAUCAUGAUGUUCAUCUACAUGCCGGGCGCGUUCACCGACGAGUUCACACCCUACAUCGGCCAGAUCAUCAACCCCAUCCUGCAGGCGCUGGCCGACGAGAACGAGUAUGUCCGAGAGACCGCCCUGCGUGCAGGACAACGUAUCGUCACCCUAUACGCCGAGUCCGCCAUAGCGCUGUUACUGCCUGAGCUAGAGAAAGGACUGUUUGCCGACAACUGGAGGAUUCGAUACAGUUCUGUCCAACUUCUUGGUGACUUGCUAUACCGUGUCUCAGGAGUGUCAGGCAAGAUGAGCACGGAGACGGCGUCGGAAGACGAUAACUUCGGCACGGAACACUCCCAUCGGGCGAUUAUUGGGGCUCUUGGCCCCGAGCGCCGAGAUCGCGUGUUGGCGGGAUUGUAUAUGGGACGCAGCGACGUCGCGCUCAUGGUGCGACAGGCCGCGCUGCACGUGUGGAAGGUGGUGGUAACAAACACGCCGAAGACCCUGCGCGAGAUCCUGCCGACGCUGUUCGGUCUGCUGCUGGGUUGCCUUGCCUCCACCAGCUAUGACAAGCGGCAGGUCGCCGCGCGCACUCUCGGCGACCUCGUCAGGAAGCUUGGCGAGCGAGUGCUACCGGAAAUCAUUCCGAUCCUGGAGCGCGGUCUACGGUCGGACCGCGCGGACCAGCGACAGGGCGUGUGCAUCGGCCUCGGCGAGAUACUCGCGUCCACCUCGCGCGACGCCGUGCUCAGCUUCGCAGAUGGUUUAGUGCCCACUGUGCGAACUGCGCUAUGUGAUCCGUUGCCUGAGGUGCGUCUGGCGGCGGCGCGCACGUUCGACAGCCUGCACGCGACGAUCGGCAACAAGGCGCUGGACGACAUCCUGCCGCCGAUGCUGGACUCGCUGCAGCACGCCGACCCGGACGUCGCCGACGCCGCGCUCGAUGGACUCAAACAGAUAAUGGCGAUCAAGUCCCGCGCGGUGUUGCCGUACCUCGUGCCGGUGCUGACGGGCGGCGCGAGCGGCGCGGUGGACACGCGCGCGUUGUCGGCGCUGGCGGCGGCGGCGGGCAACGCCCUCGCGCGCCAUCUCCCGCGCGUGCUGCCCGCGUUGCUCGCGGCGCUGGUCGCAGCACGCGGUAUGCCGCACGAGGCGCGCGAACUCGAGUACUGCCGCGACGCCCUGCUACCCGUUACUGACGAGGCCGGUGUGCGCUGCAUCGUGGACACGCUGCUGGAGUGCGUGCGCGCGAGUGGUGCGGCGGGCGCGGUGGUCAGCGAGACGGAGGAGGGGCGGCGGCGUGCGGGCGCGCUACUUCUAUGCGCGUACGUGUCGGGCGGGCGCGCGGAGCUCGGCGCACACGUGGCGGCGCUGCUGCGCGGCCUGAUCGCGCUGCUGGGCGCGCGCGAGCCGGACGUCGUGCGCGCCGCCUGGGACGCGCUGGCGCAACUCACGCGCUCGCUCGACCCCGAGCGGCAGCUGGCGCACGUGGCGGACGUACGCCAGGCGGUGCGCUACGCCGCCGCCGACCUGCGCCCCGGCGAGCCGCUGCCCGGCUUUUGCCUGCCGAAGGGCAUCUCGCCGAUCCUGCCGCUGUUCCGCGAGGCCAUCCUCAACGGGCUGCCGGAGGACAAAGAGGCGGCGGCGCUCAUGCUGGGCGAGGUGAUCGAGCUGACGUCGGCGGCGGCGCUGCAGCCGUCCGUCGUGCACGUCACCGGUCCUCUCAUCCGCAUCCUCGGCGACCGCUUCCCCGCCAGCGUCAAGGCGGCCGUGCUCGAGACGCUCGCCGCGCUGCUCGCCAAGGUCGGCGUCAUGCUGAAGCAGUUCCUGCCGCAGCUGCAGACGACGUUCCUGAAGGCGCUCAACGACCCCAACCGCGGCGUGCGGCUGCGCGCGGGGCGGGCGCUGGCGCGGCUCGUGGUCAUACACACGCGCGCUGACCCGCUCUUCGUGGAAAUGCACAACGUGAUCAAGCACUGCGAGGAUGGCGGCGUGCGGGAGACGACGCUGCAGGCGCUGCGCGGCGUGCUGGGCGCGGGCGGCGACAAGCUGUCGGAGCCGCUGGCGCUGGCGAUCCUGGCGACGCUGACGGCUCCGGCGAUGCUGGCGCACGGAGAGGACGCGACGCGCGCGUCGGCGGCGGGUUGCCUGGGCGCGCUGCUGCACGCGCUGCCCCCGACGCACCGCGACGCCGCGCUCGCGCACCACGUGCUGGCGCCGGCCGCCGACGACGCUCUGGCGCACGGUCGCUCGUGCGCGCUGCUCGUGGCGCUGAAGGAGACGCCGGACGUGGUGUACACGGAGCAGUUCGAGGACCGCAUCCAGAAGACGCUGCUGGCGCACCUGGCGGGCGAGCGCGUGCCCGUCGCCUGCAACGCCGUGCGCUCCAUCGGCUACCUUAUGCGGCACCUGCUGCAGAGCGGCCGCCCCGUACCGCCCGCAAUACUAUCGCCCUUCGUUAGGAGCAUGAACCACUCCAGCAACGAGGUGAAGCAGCUGAUGGCGCGCGCGGCGUCGCUGGCGGGACGCUGCGCCGACGCCGACGGCGCUGGGGCUGAGGUGCUGCGCGCGUUGCUGCCGGCGCUUGUCAACGGCACGAAGGAGAAGAACACGUACGUGCGCGCCAACUCCGAGCUCGCCCUGCGCGCCGUGUUGCGUCUCACUACCGACCCCGACUUCCACAGUACAUGCGCGGCUCUCUUGGAUGAGGGUGCGCGGGAGUCUCUAGCGGACGUAGUCUCAAGAGUCUCGCGCCGCGCGCAGCCCGACGGAAAGGAGGAGGACCUAGACUGCACGCUGCUCACCUGAGCUACACACAUACACUAUGUUAAUACAA